GAGUGUUCAAAUUAUCAGUUCCCUAGCCCACAGGACCUUUUUCCUCGUCCCCAGUCCAGUGUUAAAAAUAACGCCUCUCGUUGCGAACGGUGUUUUAUCAAGUUUUAAAAUACUGUGUGUUCGUAGUGUGUUUUGUUUUUAAAAAAGUUAAUUCUGAAGAGAAACCGCAUUGCUAUUGUCAUGGUAAAUCCAUACAAUAAACAAUCAAACGCACGUUAAAAGCCAUGAGAAUUUCACGGGCACAAUGUGUUUUCCCAUGAUUGGAUCAUACACGUAUUUGAGACUGUUGGCUCGCCUGUUGCGGAGACGUUCUGUUGCCACCAGGAAGUAUAAGAAAUUUGGCGGGAAGAAAUUAUUUAAUUUGAAAGUGUCAUGGCGCCGCAAACGGUGAUUUGGUUUUUGGCCAUCUUCAUGGUGACUUCAGCACAGAAGUUAAGCUAUAAACCGAACGCCACCAGAAAUCUUUGCAAAUCCGUCAUUUGUCAAUCAUUGAAAUGUCUAAAGGAGGAUUUGAAAGACUGUGUCGUUAUCCUGGGGAAUCUGGAACUGUCGGUUUUGGAACACUCCAAGAAGAGCGACUUCGCAAACCUGAGCUUUCCACUGCUACGGGAGGUGACGGGGGCGGUGAUGGUCUACCGGGUCAGUGGUUUAGAGACCGUAGGACAGCUGUUCCCAAACUUAACCAGGAUACGAGGGCAACAACUGAAUAUGAACUACGGGCUGUCUGUAUUCGAUAUGACAAGCCUUGUAGAGAUUGGGUUAUACAGUCUACGCAAGAUAGACAGAGGGGGAGUGAUAUUACAAUACCUGCCUCAAGCUUGCUACCUGGAUACCAUCGACUGGAAGGUGAUAGCUCCCAGGGCUCGUCACGUCAUCGGUUACUCUGACGGAUUGUACAAGUCGAGCUGCACAAGAAUCUGCACUUGUAGCAGAAACGCCACGUAUAACCACUGUUGGAAUAUCAAGAUGUGCCAACUCUUCUCCGAUGGAUUUGAAGAGGUGCGGUGCAAUGAGCAGUGUCUUGGCUGCAGGCGAGCCGAUGUUAACGAGUGUUCUACAUGCCGCCAUUUUACUUACGAGGGUACAUGCGUGCCACGGUGUCCAGAAGGAACACUUAUUCUCGCUGCAAAUCAAUACUGCCUUACAGAAGAAGAAUGUCAUGCCUUAAAGGGAUGGGCGUGGAACAAUACUUGCGUUUUCGAAUGUCCUGUUGACUACAUCGUACAUAAUACUACGAGCGGGACUACUUGCGUAUACUGCGAGAAAUGUCAGAAGACCUGCCAGAGUCAGAAGAUUCGUUCAGUUGGGGCGAUCCAAGCUGCUGAAAGAUGUGUUUAUAUCAACGGGUCUCUAGAAAUCCACAUAAGGGCCAUACCUGAAGCGGUUACGGAUUUGAAAGUAUAUCUCAGUCGCAUCCAAGAAGUGUCUGACUAUGUGGAGAUCUACGGUUCUCUCGUAAUCACUUCAUUAGAUUUUCUCUCCUCACUCCAUCACAUAAAGGGAAGGAAUCUCAAGCAUGAUAGAUACAGCCUUUUGAUCUACGAUAUGGUUAAUCUAUAUACAUUAUUUAGUCCUAAUGUUAUGAAAAAUCUUCGUAUCGACCGUGGAACUAUGAAGAUGUACGAUAAUCCUCUUCUGUGCAUGAAUAAAGUUGAUGAACUAAAGAAUUUAAUACCCGAAGCACCUACAGAGUUAGAUGUAACGCAAUACACUAAUGGAUACAGCGCUAGCUGCAAAGAAGCACCAGUGGAUUUCCAAGUUCGACUGCUUAACGAAACGUCGGUUGUUCUUGUAUUCUCUCCCAAAUACGAUCGUCAGAUUCACUACACAGUGCUGUAUGUGCGUAUACCGCCAAAUCUAAAGGACUCCUUAGUUCCAGAAACAUGUAGCGACUUUCAAUGGCUUUCAGUUAGUGUACCUUCUGAAUUUGGACAAAAUGGUAUCAUCCAAAUAGACUCACUACGACCCGCUUCAACUUACGCCAUUUGUAUUGAGACGUACAAUCCAGUACAUGAAAGUCUGGCUCGUACUAGCAUUAUCAACUUCACGACACCUGUAGGUACUCCCCCACCACCAUUCCUUGUCGAACUAGUAGCCGCUUCGCACGACGUUGUUGUUCUACGUUGGGUAGAUCAUAUCGAUUACCGACGUCACAUAACUCGAUACGAGCUCGAUGUAGCUCUAAUCGAGCACAAAGAAAUAUCUAAUAUCGAUUAUUGUAAGUUUAAAUUGGAUGAUUUUGAAGAACUGGACGGCACUCGUCAUGCUUUAGUCAUGAGACCUCCCCCGGAGUAUGAAAAGGCAUGUGAAUCAAUGUGUGGAGUACUAUCCUCGUUCACAGCUGGCGCCUUAGUUGAAGACUUCUUCGAUGUUUGCAGAAGCUCUGAUUUCGAUUGUAGCACUCAAAAAGACGUUCCUCCAGGAAAUACAACCUUGAAAAAUUAUGUCAAAACGUUGGCAUUAAACAUUUCUAGUCCCAAAGAGGCGUUUCAAGUUGCGGGAUUGGCUCCUUAUAGAGAUUAUAGGUUUCGAUUGCGAGCCUGUUACGGAUUGCGGUGCAGCAGAUCAGCAAGAGGAGUAGUCCGGACCUUACAGUACUACAAAGCUGAUAUACCAAUGAUUACCAAUGGCUAUGCUGACAAUAUUGGCAAUGUCUUCAUCAAAUGGGAUCCACCUGAUACCACCAAUGGACCUAUCUUAGCUUACACAGUUGAAAUACUCCCCAAAUAUACAUUUGACUUGUUCAUAUUACCGCAAACUUGGUGUGUGUCGGCUAAUACUGUGAGUUUUAAGGGAGAUUGUGUUAUAGCUCCUAAGUAUACCGCGAGGAUUUGUACAAAGACUUUAGCUUCGUUCAACGCUUGUAGUGAUUGGUAUCCGAUUGCCGCUGUACCCCCAACUAGUUCAUGGUAUUGGCGCAUUAUUGCCAUUUUUGUGGUUAUUCUAGCCGCUGCAUUUAUAGUUAUAAAGUAUAAGAAACGAAAACAGCGCGAAGAUUUAGUUCCUAUAGUUGAUACAUCAUGCAGUUUUAAGAACGAGAGUGAGCCUCCAACUAGUACCUUGGUAAUGCGCUAUUCAAAGUCAUUAAGAGAAUCUCAUUUAGAAUAAGGUAGUGAAUAAAUGACUUUUCAAGAGUGUUUCAAUGCAUUCGUCUGUAUAAUUCUGUAUUGCAAUAAAUCAUGAUAAUAACCAU